AUGUUCAAGCAGGAGCGCCUGGGAGGCGGAGGGCUGGGGCUCGGCGGCGGCGGGUUCCGCGGAGGCGCGCAGCCCUCGCUUGCCGACUUCCAGCCGCCAUACUUCCCGCCGCCCUUCGCCCCUACAGCACACCCAGCCAGCCCGCAUCAUCAACAACAGAGCCAUGGUAUGGAAUAUGGCAGCGGGGGUGGUGGGGGUGCAGAAUAUGCGCAACACUACGCCCCACAGCAACUACUCCCACGUCACCACGGUCACCACGAGCCCCACGCGCAUCUGCGACACCAUCGAGACCAUCACGACGCCAUACAUACGCAUCACUUAUCUCAUGGCGGUUUCGGUUAUGGUGGCGGCGAGCGACGCGCGGACUAUGGAGCAAGAGAACAACACGAACUGGCAUUACACCAUGCGUUACAUUCGACGGAAGAGACACAGAAUGCCGGCAUGGACGACACAACGGGAUUCAUGACAGAUCUUCCAUUAUUAAAAACAAUGAAAGGGCGCGACGGACUGGGAGGCACUGGCUCGUGUGCACCGAACGACGUGUUCUGCUCUGUACCUGGCCGCCUGUCGCUACUGUCUUCUACCAGCAAGUACAAAGUGACAGUCGCCGAGGUGCAGAGGCGGUUAUCGCCGCCCGAAUGUUUGAACGCGUCCUUAUUAGGAGGAGUAUUACGACGGGCGAAAAGCAAAAACGGCGGCAGGUUAUUACGUGAGAAGUUAGAGAAGAUUGGGCUGAACUUGCCAGCGGGGAGGCGGAAAGCUGCCAACGUCACAUUACUCACUUCGCUUGUUGAAGCGGAGGCAGUGCAUUUAGCGAGGGAUUUCGGUUACGUCUGUGAGACUGAGUUCCCAGCACGAGCACUGGCUGAAUACCUCGCGAGACAAUAUGCAGAGCACGACGCAAGACGUCGACGAGAUCUAUUGCAAGCUACCAAACAGGUGACAAAGGAGCUUAUGGACCUUCUUAAUCAAGACAGAUCGCCGCUGUGCAACACGCGGCCGCCACAUUUACUAGAGCCAGCCAUACAGCGCCAUCUUACGCACUUUUCGCUCAUCUCCCACGGCUUUGGUGGACCAGCUAUCGUGGCCGCGCUCACCGCCAUUCAGAACUUCCUUAAUGAAUCUCUCAAGCAUUUAGAUAAAUUAUAUCCGCAAACCGGUAUGGUAUCCUCAUCGAUGGACAAAACGAAAAUGGACCCUGACAUUAAAAAGUAA